GUUGUGAAGUUACAGCCUAGUGUUGUGGAAUGGUAGAUACACAACUGAACCAUGAGAACCUGAAAUGGCCUUCCAACUGAAGAGGAAGUGAAGUCUUAACUGAGGACCCGCCUUGAUGAGAAGACUGACAGAUUGCAUUUUCAUUUUCAUUGUGUCCCUUGGAAAGCUGCUUGUAAAUGAUGACUGGGACAUCUACAGCUUUCACAACAACUCAACAGUGACCAGUCGUUAUGCCACCACUGUCAUCACAAGACGUGUGGCCAAUUGUAUGGACGAGUCAAAGGAAAUAGAAUUCCAUGUCCGGAUUCCUAAGUACACCUUCAUCAGUAAAUUCAAAAUGCUUAUAGAUGGCCAGGAGUACAACGGGGUUGUGAAAGCUAAGGAGCAAGCUCAGCAGCAGUACACUGAGGCUGUGUUCUGUGGCCAAAGCGCUGUGCUUGUCAGUUCUGUAGGAAGGACCCUCGAGGAAUUUAAGGCCUCUGUGACUGUGGCUGCUCACAAAAAGGUCACCUUUGAACUCACAUAUGAGGAACUGCUGAAACGCAAGCUCGGCAAGUACGAACUACAAAUCCACGCUCGACCCAUGCAGCCUGUCAAAGACUUAAAGGCCGAUGUGUACAUGAGAGCCGGAAUCAAUUUCAUUGAGGUUAAAGGAAGACUAAGCACCAAAGCCCUCGCUAAUGCCAUCACCAAAACACAUGCAGACAAACAGGCGUGGGUGCAUUUCUACCCGACAGAGAACCAACAGAAAACAUGUGACAGCUGUGGAGAUCAGGGUAUGAAUGGAGAUCUGGUUAUUGUUUAUGAUAUCAACAGGGACACCUCACUUGGAGACAUUAAGGGUUUCUAUGAAGAGGUGGCCACUCCUCUGUUGACAGAUGUGACAAUGAUCUAUGCUGGUGCGACCAAUCUAACCCAGACUAACUUCAGCCAGUAUUAUAAUGGCUCUGAGAUUGCGGUGGCCGGUCAGAUAACUGACAACGACAUGAAAACUUUCAGUCCACAAGUUGUGGCCAUUUCGUUAUCUGGACCUGAGAAGCAGAAUCAGAAUGUGAAGAAAGAGGCCUUGGAGCUGUCGCUGAAGUACAGCUUUGUGACCCCACUGACAUCCAUGGUGGUCACCAAGCAUCUGGGGGAGAACACCGAUGUGCUUCAUAAACCCAAAGAAGGUGCAACACCACGGGCAUGGCAACCUCUUGUAGGAUCUGGUCCAUGGAUGUUAAGGCCAAACGCUGGUUCCAUGGGCUACAAAGAUACUGAAACAAUAUUCCCUAUACAAGAAAAUACUGUUUAUUACCGUUCUGUCUGCUGUGUGACGCUGUGUGUCUCUGUAUCUCUGUGUUCCUCUGUAGUUCCUCUUAUCCACAGGUUUUUGCUUAGAACUGAGACUAUGUCUCUUCCAUUAUGCUUUGAUGUCCCUGGAGAUGUCCGCCUUAAACUACUACACCAUCCCAACAGGGAGCUGUCUGUGAAUGGUGAGCUUGAUUCAGUAGCUUAUGGAGGCUUCAAAAGGAUUGUCAUCCACUUCAAAGCUGACCUACAUGUUGAGGUUGACACCCAGAGAAUCACUGUACAAGAGGGACAGAUGACACAGCACACUGGACAGGAUCUCAUCACAGUUGGAAGUUUGACAGUGUUUAUGCGGAACCAGGAAAUAGAUGUUGCAGCUGGAGACACACGCAUGGUCAUCUUAAUUCAUAAGCGAGGUGACAAAGAAUUCAUCUGGCCGGUUUUAAGACAGAAGCCAUCAGACAACAACAUUUCAGGAAUUUUAGACAGCAGUUUGAGAUGCAGCACACUCCCUCAACAAAACUUAAGAUCAAAGACCAGGAGACUGAUGUUACCAGAUCUAAUGCUGUCGACUACAGUAUUGUCUUUCCCGUGACACUGGACUGCUGGCUCAUGUCUGCCUGGAUUAUUUCAUUGUUGUACAACUUUAACUGGGAAACAUGUUGAAUCACUUGCAAAUAUGACAAGCUUAGAUCUCUUUAAUGCUUGCAAUGAAAGUUUGGUGUAUGGUUGCUUUUGCCUGCUGUAUCAUAUGUUUUUCUGGUCAUUUCCUGGCCUCGUCAGAUUAGUACUUUUUCACAAAAGCUGUACCUACGUGAAGACAGAAAUAAUAAAUUCAUCAACAUA